AUGACAAGCUUAAAUCUUGGCCGUCCAUUUCACUCCGCCACCGCCGGCCAGACUCCCCAACUGCGGCCACGGAGACGAGCCACCCGCCUGAGAAUCUCGAAUUCCAGUUUACAUCACCCAAACAAGUUUAAAAGGGCAUAUACAAGUGUGUUGAUAGUGCCAACCGGCGUUGGAGCAGCCAUUGGUGGCUAUGCCGGGGAUGCAUUACCGGUGGCUCGUGCCCUCUCCACGGUGGUGGACUGCCUCGUAUCUCAUCCCAAUGUUCUUAAUGCAGCAUCACUUUACUGGCCAAUGCCGAACAUAUUAUAUGUUGAGGGUUAUGCUCUUGAUAGAUUUGCCGAAGGCCUUUGGGCACUACAACCAGUUCAUCAGAAUAAGGUGGGACUAGUUCUUGAUGCUGGAAUAGAGGAAGAUCUUCGGAUUCGUCAUUUACAAGUGGUUGAUGCAGCAAGAGCUUCCCUUGGUUUGCCUGUUGUUGAAUAUACUGUGACCGACACCCCUUUACAGGUGGAAAAAUGGAUCAACUCUAAGAGUGGACAAUCCACGGGGAGGAUACAGCAUUCUGAUUCUUUACUAAGGGCCGUAGGAUCAUUGAUAAAGAGAUCUGGGGUGAAUGCAGUUGCAGUAGUGGCUCGCUUUCCAGAUGAUGAUAGUGAUGACGUUGAUGAUUAUCGGCAAGGGAUGGGUAUAGAUCUUUUGGCAGGUGUGGAAGCUGUGAUUAGCCAUCUAGUGGUGAAGAAUUAUGGGAUUCCUUGUGCUCAUGCUCCUGCAUUAUUACCUCUUCCACUAAGUCCUUUGUGUCCAAAAUCAGCUGCGGAAGAGAUAGGUUAUACAUUUUUGCCAUGUGUGCUUGCUGGGCUUAGUACAGCACCACAGUAUUUGGUAAGGAAUUCCGAGUCUUCAGACAAGGACUGUAUAUUAGCCAGUGAUGUUGAUAGUGUUAUUCUACCAAUUGACGCAUGCGGAGGAGACGGUGCUCUUGCAUUUGCUAGUGGAAAAACAAGUAGGGCACUUUUGAUUGCCGUUGAAGAGAAUGAAACUGUUCUCAGUGAUACACCUGAUAAACUUGGGAUUAACGCGGUGAAGGUAUCAAAUUACUGGGAGGCGAUAGGAGUUGUGGCUGCUCAUAAAGCAGGAAUAGACCCAAAUUCCCUGCGGAGAGACAGGAUAAAGAACAUACAACAUGCUUUUUCCAUAUCUUCAAAUGGUUAUGCCUUUUCAGGAGCCUAA